GUAAUACUCAGUGACAGAGCAGCCGGAGAGGCUCCAGCCUGACUGACGCCUGACUGUGUGCCUCCUCCUCCUCCUCCUCCUCCUCCUCCAGACACAGCCGCCUCACUCCUCCGUACCCCACCGGACACCACACACAGAAUACUUGAAUCUGAUGUUGAACAACCGGGUUUGAAAGAGUCAUUUCAAAAAGAAAAAUCAGAAGGUUAAGCCGCCUGGUCUUUUCAGAAGUCUACCAAGUGACCCCCAACAAGUCUUAUGCACACCAGCACUCCUAUCAGUUCCUUGUUCUCCUUCACAAGCCCGGCAGUAAAACGGCUGCUGGGCUGGAAGCAAGGAGACGAAGAGGAAAAAUGGGCAGAGAAGGCUGUGGAUUCUCUGGUGAAGAAGCUAAAGAAAAAGAAGGGUGCCAUGGAGGAGCUGGAGAGGGCACUCAGUACACCGGGACAGUCCAGUAAAUGUGUCACCAUCCCAAGGUCACUGGAUGGGAGGCUACAAGUGUCACAUCGUAAGGGUCUGCCACAUGUCAUCUAUUGUAGGGUCUGGAGGUGGCCAGAUCUGCAGUCACAUCAUGAGUUGAAACCACUUGAAUGCUGCGAGUUCCCAUUUGGAUCAAAGCAGAAAGAUGUGUGCAUCAAUCCUUAUCAUUACCGCCGGGUAGAAACGCCAGUCCUUCCACCGGUCCUAGUUCCAAGACACAGCGAGUUUAAUCCACAGCUCAGCCUGCUUGCCAAGUUUCGUAACACCUCUCUCAAUAAUGACCCACUAAUGCCACACAAUGCAACCUUCCCCGAGUCCUUCCAGCAACCAUCCUGUACUCCAUUCUCUACUUCACCCAGCAACAUCUACCACCAUUCUCCAAACACUAUAGGCUACCCUGAUUCCCCCAGAAGUUCUUCUGAUCCAGGAAGCCCAUAUCAAAUCACAGAUACCCCUCCACCACCAUACAACCCACCAGAAAUACUUGGGAACCAAAACAGACAUUCUGGUGACGCCAAUGAUUGCCAGUUUAUUUUGUCAGCAUCAAACAGAGAUUUCCGCCCAGUUUGUUACGAGGAACCAUUACACUGGUGUUCGGUUGCUUAUUAUGAACUGAACAAUCGGGUGGGAGAAACAUUUCAGGCAUCGUCUCGCAGUAUUCUCAUUGACGGUUUUACGGAUCCCACCAACAACAAGAACAGAUUCUGCUUAGGCCUUCUCUCUAAUGUCAAUCGUAACUCAACUAUUGAAAACACCCGUCGGCACAUUGGGAAAGGAGUUCACCUGUAUUAUGUCGGUGGAGAGGUAUAUGCAGAGUGCGUCAGUGACAGCAGUAUUUUUGUACAAAGUCGCAACUGUAACUACCAGCAUGGCUUCCACCCAGCAACCGUGUGCAAGAUCCCAAGUGGCUGCAGCCUAAAGAUAUUCAAUAACCAGCUGUUUGCCCAGCUUCUGUCACAGUCCGUUAACCAAGGGUUCGAGGUGGUGUACGAGCUGACCAAGAUGUGCACGAUCCGGAUGAGUUUUGUAAAAGGUUGGGGAGCGGAAUAUCACCGCCAAGACGUCACCAGCACUCCAUGUUGGAUUGAGAUCCAUCUUCACGGUCCUCUACAAUGGCUGGACAAGGUUCUGACCCAGAUGGGCUCCCCACACAAUCCCAUCUCCUCUGUAUCAUAAUACAAAUCUCCGGAGUGCUAUUGCAGGCAGUGGCUUAAAGAUGAUCUUUUCUUUCUUUCUUUUUAAUAACUUAGUGAUUAGUCCUGUAAAUACCUAAAUUUCAGUUUAUGUCCCGUGGCUUUUCUGUGUAACAUUGAGAAAACUGUGCUAAAAAAAAACGUUCUGUGUUUUUGAUAUUCUAAACCAUAUUUCUAUGGAGAUAGCACUUCACUGAUAUGCAGCAGAUCUUAAAAAAAAAAAAGAAAAAAAAUUCAAUUUAUUUCAAACUACUUUUGGUUCUUUGAAUGUAAAAUGAUUCCGUUUUGAUGCACUUAAACACGGUACACCACAUAAAGAUUUUAUCUUGUUUUCUUAUUUUUUUUUAUAUACAUUUUCUUUAUUGAUAAUUUCACACAGAUGUGGAUUAAAUAAGAUUUUUUUAUAUGUUUAUUUUAUAUUUAAUUCGAGAAAAGCAUU